AAUUAAAUUUACUGUUUGUGAUAUAACACCAGACUCAAACUGAAAAAUUAAAACUUUAUCAAUACUCAUUGUAAUACAUUACAACAAUAAUUUUUAUUAUGUAUGUUUUCUUUUAAUUUGUUAAUUUGCGAAAUUUCAAUUUAUUAUUUAUAAUAAUUAAGUAUUUACACUCUUAAUUUGUUUUAGCUUUAAAAUAAUAUGGAAAACAGUGACAGUUUGAAAAUAACCACAGAAUUUACAAGUGGAUUACAAAUUCUUUUCGGACAUGUGAAGAAACAUAAUGUUGUAUUGCCAAAAAUGGAAAAACCUUGGACUCUGGGAUUACUUUUAUUUUGGAUUAAAGAUAACUUAUUGAUAGAAAAAGACAAAUGUGAUUUGUUUAUGAAGGGCAAUACUGUCCGGCCUGGCAUAAUAGUUGCUGUCAAUGAUCAAGAUUGGGAACUUUUAGGAAAUUUAAAUUAUCAAAUUAAGAAUAACGAUAAUAUUACAUUUAUAUCUACAUUACACGGUGGUUAAUAAAUAAAGUGUUUCUAUUUAAUUUGUUUUUAUAUUUAUUUAAGAUGAUUAAUACAUUCCUCU